UUCUGCAGCACUACUUUUGCGUUGAAACUUCAGCCGGACGUGUUUGCGGGAGCGCGUUAGAAAUUUGCUUCGAAUCAAUUUAUCGUGCGUCUGCGUCGUUGUGUGAACAAAAAAGUGUAGCAAUAAUAUUGAAAAGGCCAUUUGGAUAGGGAGUCGGACAAGGCCAAGCACAAGGACUGCGAUAUAGACGCAAACGUUAGCCGCUCACCGUUAGCCGUCAGCCGUUUUCCCGUCAACUGUAUUGCCCGUUAGCCCCGUUAGCCAUUUGACCGGCCGGACAUUACGCAGAGCUGAGGAGCGUCGUUAGUGUGUGGCGCGUGGGGGGCGGAGCAGCGACGGCCUGGUCCAACUUGUAGUCGUCGUUCGUCGUUCGUCGUCGUCGUCGUCGUCGUCGAAGUCAAGGAAAAUGUCUUCGCCAUUAGCGCAGAGCAACAACAGCAACAGCAGCCAGUCGCAGUCAUCAGCAGCAGCAGCAGCAGCGGCAGCAGCAGCAGCGGCAGCGGCAGCGGCUGCUGCACAGCAGCACAAUCAAAAAUCAAAUUCAUCAGCUGCCAGCAGCGUUAACAAUACACACGAAAAGAAUGCGAGCGGAACGACGGGGACGACAGCGGGUGCCGGCGCUGGCGCUGGAACUGGAAGUGGAGCAGCAGCUGGCUCAGGAUCGUCGGGCGGCACGCCACAGAGCCCCACAAAACGUAGCACAAUAUCCACAAAGGAGCGUGUGAUCGACAGCGUGCCGUUCCCACCCAGCCGUAAGCUAACCUGCGCCGAUGUCUUCGAUGCGCGCACCGGCAAGCCGCACCACGAUGUACUUAAGCAGCAUUUCAUACUGGAGGGCCGGAUCGAGGAGAGCGCCGCCCUGCGCAUCAUCCAGGAGGGCGCCACGCUGCUGCGCCAGGAGAAGACAAUGAUUGAUAUUGAGGCGCCGGUCACCGUCUGCGGCGACAUCCACGGCCAGUUCUAUGAUCUUAUGAAGCUAUUCGAAAUUGGCGGCUCGCCGGCAACAACAAAGUAUCUGUUCCUGGGCGACUAUGUGGACCGGGGCUACUUCAGCAUUGAGUGCGUCCUCUAUUUGUGGUCGCUGAAGAUCACGUAUCCGCAGACGCUGUUCCUGCUGCGCGGCAAUCACGAGUGCCGGCAUCUGACCGAGUACUUCACCUUCAAGCAGGAGUGCAAGAUCAAAUACUCGGAGCGCGUGUACGACGCGUGCAUGGAUGCGUUCGACUGCCUGCCGUUGGCGGCGUUGAUGAACCAGCAGUUCCUCUGCGUGCACGGCGGACUGUCGCCGGAGAUACACGAGCUGGAGGACAUCAGGCGGUUGGAUAGAUUCAAGGAGCCGCCCGCCUUUGGCCCCAUGUGCGACCUGCUGUGGUCCGAUCCGCUCGAGGACUUUGGCAACGAGAAGAACUCGGACUUCUACACGCACAACUCGGUGCGCGGCUGUUCGUAUUUCUACAGCUACGCCGCCUGCUGCGACUUCCUGCAGAACAACAAUCUGCUGUCGAUCAUACGGGCGCACGAGGCGCAGGACGCCGGCUACCGCAUGUACCGCAAGAGCCAGACCACCGGUUUCCCCUCGCUGAUCACCAUCUUCUCGGCGCCCAACUAUCUCGACGUGUACAACAACAAGGCGGCGGUACUCAAGUACGAGAACAACGUGAUGAACAUCCGACAGUUCAAUUGCUCGCCGCAUCCCUACUGGCUUCCCAACUUCAUGGACGUGUUCACCUGGUCGCUGCCCUUCGUCGGCGAGAAGGUCACCGAGAUGCUGGUGAAUGUGCUGAACAUCUGCUCCGACGACGAGCUCAUGACCGAGGAGAGCGAGGAGCCGCUGUCGGACGACGAGGCGGCGCUGCGCAAGGAGGUCAUCCGCAACAAGAUACGCGCCAUUGGCAAAAUGGCGCGCGUCUUCUCAGUGCUGCGCGAGGAGUCCGAGUCAGUGCUGCAGCUGAAGGGGCUGACGCCCACGGGCGCCCUGCCCCUGGGCGCUCUGUCCGGCGGCAAGCAGUCCCUCAAGAAUGCCAUGCAGGGCUUCUCGCCCAAUCACAAGAUUACCUCAUUUGCGGAGGCCAAGGGACUCGAUGCGGUCAACGAGCGGAUGCCGCCC